UCUUCGCAGUCUCACUGGUUGACGACAGAGGAGAGGAACCAAGUUUUACUUGAUCUCAAAGCUUCGGGCUGGUCUGAGUUAGGCGAAAGAGAUGCCAUCUACAAAGAGUUCAAUUUCAAAAAUUUUAAUCAGGCCUUCGGAUUUAUGACACGUGUGGCUCUACAAGCAGAGAAGAUGAAUCACCACCCGGAAUGGUUUAAUGUCUACAGCAAGGUUCAAAUAACUCUGAUUUCCCACGACUGCGGCGGACUGACCAAGAGAGAUGUGAAGCUGGCUCAGUUUAUUGACAAAGCUGCUGCCUCAGUGUAA